AUGGAUUUGUGGAAACCAGUAAAAACUCCAACACCACCGCCAGCUGACAUAUCCUGGGAUGAACCAUGGGAGACGGUUCCACCAAAACCAGCCGAUAUGAUGCCUCCAUCAAUACCAGCUGAUGUAUCAUGGGACGAACCAUGGGAGACGGUUUCAAUAAAACCAACCGAUAUGUCGCCUCCGUCAAUACCAGCUGAUGUAUCCUGGGACGAACCAUGGGAGAUAGUUCCACCAAAACCAGCCGAGAUGACGCCUCCACCAAUACCAGCCGACAUAUCCUGGGACGAACCAUGGGAGACGGUUUCGCCAAAACCAGUCGAUACGACGCCUCCACCAAUACCAUACGAUAUAUCCUGGGAUCAGCUGGAUGAGACGGUCCCACCAUCCGAUUUAUCGUGGGACGAACCAGGGCAGGGAUACUGCCCAGAGGAGUAUUAUAGGGUGAAUCCUAUAAUACUACCUACACCGCAAGGACUCAAUAAAAAACAGAGAAAAAUAUUUAGAGAGCGUGAACGUAAAAGACACGCUCUCUUUAAUACCCCGCAGUGCUAUCUAUAUAAUUUAUAG